AUGCAAAAAUUCAAGAGUUAUUACAAGCAAGCGGUAUCAUUGAAGAAAAGUGGUUGCACAGAUAACAAUGUCAAGCUUAAUGCAUAUGCCAUUUGGAAGGAAGACGAAGGAACCAAUUUUGGUUUGGAACAUGCUUGGCGACUUUUGAAAAAUCAACUGGAAUGGUUAUAUCAGUUUACUGAAAAUUGCUCUAAAAGGAUGAAGAUUUCUGCAUCUAGGGCAUAUUCAUCUUCAUCUAAUCCAGAAACACCGAUCGAAAAUGUUGAAGUUGACACACUGUCUCCAAUUUUCCGUUUAAUGGGGCAAAAGGCAACCAAAAGGAAGAGCAAAGGGAAAAGAGUAGGAACAUCUACCAAUCCUGUGGACCUCAUUGGUGUGGAGGAAGGAAUGCGGGAAAUAAAUAUUCUCAACGCCAAACUAGCAACCUUAAGGGAGAAAGAAUUGGAAAAGGAGUAUUACGAUAUUCUAAUGAAGGACACAUCUACAAUGUUUGAAACUCAACUCAAAGACCAUCAAGCCUUUUGUAAAACAAUUAGGCAUAAACUACGAAUCUAG